AUAGUUGAUUUGCGGGACGCGGGGAGGACCUCGGCUCCUGGGGUUAUGGGGCGCUGGAGAGCAAGGCGGGGAGGGCAGGGCGUGCUCUCCCUCUCUUGCGGGGAUUGAUACCUCGGGUGUAUUUUGCCUGGUCGGGUUGCCGCCACCCACAGCUCCCCUUGCUCCCCCCGCGAAAGGCUCUCCCUAAUUCUGGAGAGGGUCGCGGGCGAUGGGGAGGGCUCUCAGGCCUGGGGGGGAGGGCUGCGCCCACGAUAUUUCUGGACGCCGCCUCUUUUCAAGCCGGCCGUAGCAGCGGUGUUUAGCGGCUCUUGGCUGCCCGCCUCAUCUUAGCAUGGUCCCUGAGGAAGGCAAUGACUGAGUACAAGCUGGUGGUGGUGGGUGCUGGUGGUGUUGGGAAAAGUGCCUUGACUAUCCAGCUCAUCCAGAAUCAUUUUGUGGAUGAAUAUGAUCCAACCAUAGAGGAUUCCUAUCGGAAACAGGUAGUUAUUGAUGGAGAGACUUGUUUGCUAGACAUCCUGGACACAGCAGGGCAAGAGGAGUAUAGUGCCAUGAGGGACCAAUAUAUGAGAACUGGUGAAGGCUUUCUCUGCGUGUUUGCAAUUAACAACAGCAAAUCAUUUGCUGAUAUUAAUCUUUACAGAGAACAGAUUAAAAGAGUGAAAGAUUCGGAAGAUGUACCAAUGGUGUUAGUCGGAAAUAAGUGUGAUCUGCCAACACGGACAGUAGAUACCAAACAGGCUCAGGAAGUAGCCAAGAGCUAUGGGAUCCCCUUCAUUGAGACAUCUGCCAAAACAAGACAGGGUGUUGAAGAUGCCUUUUACACACUGGUAAGGGAGAUCCGCCAAUAUCGAAUGAAAAGACUCAACAGCAGUGAAGAUGGGAAUCAAGGCUGCAUGGGGCUACCAUGCCUUGUGAUGUGAACAGCUGCCUGGAACACCUGGCCAAAAUUCCUCUGGAUGGUGAAACUUAAUUCCACUGGGUUGCAUUUUGUGAUGAAGCCUGGCCAGUAUCCUGAUGCCAGUUGACCCCUAAUAUUUUUUUCUAUGAGCACCUGAAGAGAAUGUCUCUGAACAGCUACCUCUUUGCUCAGCUGAGCAAGCAAAGAAAAUCUCUCCUCUGAUAUGGUGGGAUUUUUUCCUCUUUUUCUAGGGUAGUUUCAAACAGAGGAACUGGUUGUGUGUGAAACUAUAAAGACUAAAUGCUAUGGCAAGAGAGCUCUAUGUCUGGAAGGAAAGCUGGGGUGUCCUGCGAUCAGAUACUGUAUUGAAAAGCCAUCAACACUGUACGGUAAUGCUGUGAAUGGCUUCCUAUGCACCAUUUUCAAACAGAGAAGUACUUGCAACAUGCCCCUGCACUGUGUACCUAAAACGUUUCAACAAAGAAUCCACUUAUCGUACCUCCUUUGGCCUCUUCAGUCCUUUGCGUUUAUGUAGUAAAAGAAGAGAUCGUUGAUAACCAAGUGCCUAUUUGCAGAGGCAGACCAGAACUUAUUCUUACCUGCCAAGUCUGCUUCCUGGCUGCUCCAGGAACUUGUCCAUCCUGGACAUAUGAAGCUGCCUUAGACCAGUGGUCUGCCUAGCCCAGUACCGUCUGACUCAGACUGGCCGGGGCUCCCCGAAGUCUCUCUCCUUGCUAACAGAGGUCUUCUAAUUGGACUUGCUGGGGUUGAACAUUUGGACCUUCUGCAUUGCCACUGCGCUGUAGCCCCUCCCCAGUCAUAAGAAAUGCACAAGGACUUUUCUGCACUAUUAGCUAAAAGAUGCUCUGGUUUACAAGACCCUCUGGGGAGACUAGCACAGUCAGCUGCCAUCUCCAUGUUCUAUACAUUCCAUUUAGCUUUUCUGCUGUGCUUUGAAGCCACUGAUGUUUCCUAGCAGGUCCAGCUAACAGCUGUGGAUGCUACUACAACUUGCAGCUAAUUCUGAUGCCAAGUCUAAAUCAUGGCUCUGAGGACCAUUUAGAAAGGAGUGAGCCAUUGCAGCUAUGUGUGCACUCCUUCUUAAAACGAUGAAUAUUUUUCGUCAGGCACAGCCUCUUUAAGCUUUUAGUCUGUGAAUAGUGUAUCUGGAGCCUGCCUGUAACAAAAUGUGUCUUGAGUGCAGCCCCUGGACGCUGUGCUCCAGUCAAGCUAUAGGUAAAGAGUAACUCAGAAGAGAGAGCUAAGGCAAAAUGGAAGGGGAAGAAAAUGAAUUUAAUUGUCUGUGGACAGAACUUAAUGUGCCUUGUUGCACAUUCAACCUCAAAUCCUUGGAGCCGGAUACUUCAUUAGUCCUUGUGCCCACAGGCCAUGAUUCUUUGUCCAGAUUAAUUUGGAAUGAAUAAGAGCUUUGUUCUCCUUUAUUGCUAGGAGAUGGUUUUGGGAUAGGUAACCACUAUCUGAAAUGGAUAAGGCAUGAUGUAUGCAUGUAUGUACACCACUAUCUCAUGACUGACUUGCAAUUGAAUGUGUGAACUGCUUCCAUUGAAAAGUACUAUGCUUCACACAGGUUGUUGCUGCUUGUUGUAUGCACAUGUUUGAAGACUGCAGUAGAAACUGAGUUCUUACUCAUAAGCCCUUGACCGGUGAUGGUGUUGUAUGCAUUUUACUGCACGUGCUGUAAGGCUGAGGAGGAAACCACUGUAUUAUUACAAACCAUGAGAGAUAGUGGACAAGUGUUCCCAAAAAAUAGCUUUGCUCUUGACUAAUAUAAUUAUGUAUCAGUUCAGGAAAUCUGUCUGAAUUUUACUUACUGACCUUACAUGGAGACAAGCAAUGUUACAAGAGAGUAUUAGCCAGAUAUGUUAAGCCAUUAAAAAUCAAGCUCCAGCCAUAAGGCAUCACUGGGCUCAUCUUGGUGAGAGACGAUUGCCUGAGCAACAAAGGUGUGAACAAAUUGUUAAAAAUCCUUUCCUUGGCUUUGCUCGAUCAUCGUAGAAUAGCUCUAGACACUCUUCUCCCCCCGCCCCUGGCAGAUUUCUGUGGUUGAACAACCAACCGCUCAAUUGUCAGAAAUUCAGCAGAUUAAUUGGUGGAGAAUGCUGAACUUGUGUGGAAUUUCUUUCCCUGUGCAAGGCACAGGAGCACUGAGAGAGUGGGAACUGGGAGUUUCGUAGUGCCACAUUAAAUUAACUGGACUGACACCCUUCAGAAAUCUCCCUUAGCUGGAAAUCUCCCUUAGCAGUUUAAAGGUUGACUGCACAAGCUGAAGAUUAAGUGUCAUAUUUGGCUGUGUCUUCUGCAUGUUAGCAAGUGAAAAUGCAUCCGAGAAGCACAUAGCAAGGUACUAGCCAGUCUCGCACCUGUUAGACGCACAGUCAUGGAGUUUAGUUGCUGGGGGUGGAACUCUGCUUUCAGCACAGGUGAAAUAUCCUAGUGUGAGUAGAAAGCAAUGUCAGAUGAAUGUGAAUUAAGUCAGCUGGCUUUCUUGCCUUUUAAAAAAUCUCAUGUGGUGACUGAACCAAGUCCUCAAGCAUAGUACUGCUGUACUAUAGUAAAUAUUUCAAAAGGCAUGAAUAUGGACUUGUACGUCUAUGCUGAGCCUGGUGCAGCAUCCACUCUGUCAAACACAGGAUGGCGAAUCUUGCUGCGGCAAAUAUCUUCCUGAGUGUGGAUCCCUGUACUCAAGGUGGAGGAUGCUGAAAUGCUAAUUAGCAAGGCAAUAUGUGCUUAAGUGCAAUAUUCAAGGAUGUCUCUGUGUAUUCAGGAAAUAGUAAUUCAUACACACACACACGGAUCCUUGUUUUGCCAUAUACUAAAGCAAUGUCAUUUUAAUUUUUGUAAGAAGCCCUGGCCACAGAAAAAAGAUCCUUGGAAAACAUCUGUAGUAAAGCAUAAAUCAGGCCAGAGAUGGGAGGUAGAGGAGGACACUAGAUCUGGAGCUUGAUAAAGAUUGUGUUCUGACAGAACAGGACACACUUUAUUAUUAUGGGCUGGGAUCAAUGAGUCCUUGCUUUUGCUACCUACUUAUAAAUCUUCCCAAAUUCCCAGGCUGGUACUGUUAAUAUUCUUCUAAUACUUUUGUUAACACCUUAUAUGCUGAUCAUAUCUGACUGCUCUCUACAUUUAGCUGAUUAGAAAACAUGAUUACUGUAUAUCUCACUCUUAUUUAAAAAAAAUAUCCAUUGUGUAGCAAGCUUUUUGAAUUCCCCUAGGUCUAGAGACCAUUAACUGCGCAGCUGUGUUGCUUAUGAGAUUAACUGCUGGUUAAAGUAAGCCCCAGCCAAUUGAAUGAACAGGAGAAAGUGUCUCUUGCUGCCUAACAAAUUUGAGUGCUGGGAUGUUUAAAUGUAAGUUUAAAAACAAAACAGUUGUGUAUUCUUACUUAGUUUACAAAAAGCCUUAUUGCAGUGCUGGUCUCUUAAGCAUUAUCCAACAGAGUAGUAUAUUUGACAGAAGCUGAGCACUACCAUGCUCUAUUCCUACCCACUGAUCAAGAAGGGAAACUUGUCUGUGUGAGCAAAUUCUAAGACUGUAUGUGUGUCAUUGGUGCCAAAUCAAUGAGGUUAUGGCUGUGAUAGGGUGUAAUGCUGUGGCAGCUAAUGGAAGGGAAGAUCUCUCUUCUUACAUUCUGGAAUGAUAGGGAUCCUAUUCUAUUGGUUUACCUUUAUUUGGAUAUCAGAAAAGGCAACUAGUCUCAAUACUGCUGUAACAGCCCCAGUUACUGAUGGUGCUGUGGCUUUAUCUUUGCUUAGCUAACAAGUACACUUCCAGAUUUGAUCUAGCUAUUAAUAUGAGCCCACUUCUUUGAAGAAUUCCUAUAAUAUGUGGAUAGUUGGGGAGCCUUUCAUCAAUCAUGGUUGUAUGGCACUCAACAUACUUUCUUUUCUGGAGGAUGCCAGGCCCCAGCACUAAAGGUGGACACUUCAGCAAAGGAUUAAUGUCAAUUUCAUUGUAACGCAAGUCAUUUCUCACUGAUGUUUUUAAGCAGAUAACGUUUGUAAAAUUUUCUAAAAUAUAUAUUAUAUAUAUUAUUCCUUGUGUGUGUGUGUGCUUUGCGAGGUAUUUGAGUUUCAAGCAGCCUCUUCUGUUUAUGAAAUAUCCCAAAACACUUCACGUCGUAGAAAGUGAGUGGUUCCUGCCGGAGCUUGUACUUGAUUGCUGUACCAAAACCUGUUAACUAUUUGCAGACUGAGCCUAUUGGCAAAUAAGUGUGGUCCCCCUUUGAAAUCCAUGAGUAAUGUUGAUAGGGUUGGGAUCUGGGCUAAUCUGAGUCUUGUUUUGAUGAUUCAAGCUAUGGUAGGUCUGCUGUUGCAUCAUACAGGCUUUUCUGAAGGCAAGAACAUGUGUGACCCCUUGCCAUACCUGUCUUUCUCCUCCCCUCUCGUCUUGCUUUAGCCAAACUACUUGGAAUGGGGGAAAUGCCUCUUGAUUCCUUUACAAAAGUGUCCUGAAGCUGAAGGUUUUUUCCUUCCUAAAUUAUACUUUGUGGUGUGUCUGGAUUAGGAAACUUCUGUUAAUCAAAUGGAAAGGGAAAAUUGUUCCUGGGGAUCUUAUUUAAGAGAUGUGUAUCCUACUAUACAUUCCAGAAGGAUUUCAAAGCAGCUAAUGCCAAAAGGAGUUCUACAAGGUGGGUGCAGCUACAGAGAGAGCCAGUUCUUUCAAUGAUCUAAUUUACCACAGAGAGGUGAUGCAAAGAACAGCCUCCCUUUUAAACAAAACCAAACCAGCUGCUCUAAGUUCCCUUCUACUUGCAUGCCGCCUUAGCUCUCUAAUAAUUAACUUGCGCCUAAAAACAAAGGUGCCAUACAAUAUGUAGUAUCUAUGGGCUAGCCCAUCUUCAGCUUGUAAAUAGUUGUCAGCCUUAUUUCAGAUGAUGCUCAGGAUUAAAUCAUGUAAACCUAAAUGUGAUAUGCUGUGUUACUCAACUGUGUUGUACCUAAAAUCAUGCAUUAAAUGCUCUCUGGCAUUUUUAUA